GCGCUCCGCUCCCCUCCCAGCCUGGGCGGGCGAGGCGAGGCGAGGCGGGGCUGGGACGGGGCAGCGGCUCCGAGCGCGGCCCCCACGUGCUGCAGCCACAGCCGGCGGGGAGCGAGCCAGCGAGCGGCGGGACAGGCCCUGUGAAGGCAGCGACGGGACCAGCUCCUCCGCCCCACCUCACCAAUGGGCUACCCACACUGCAGGCCUACUCGGUCUCUGGCCUCUCUGAGGGUGACUGCCCCGAGGGAGCCUAUCUGUGGACGUCUGUGACUCCUUGUGUGACCUUGGGGAUCUCGGUACCUGUCCAUCUCCACAACGGGACGGAUGCCAACACCACAUGGCCCCUUUGUCUCGCUCUUUGGAUGGGAGACGCUGUAAAGUUUCCUGGGAGUUGCGAGGACAUGGAGGUGGGGAACCUGACGGAGACGUGGUACCAAAGCCUGCAGUCAAUGCUGACGGCCCUGAACCAAACGCUUCAUGGUGCCAUCCUGUGCCCACCAGACCAGGCCACGGGGCGGACAAAUGGCAGUCACGUCAAGCUAGCCAGCAAGGACGACUAUUCCUACAUGUACAUCUUGUUCGUGAUGAUCCUGUUUGCCGCCACGGUGGGGAGUUUGAUUCUGGGCUACACCAAGUCCAGGAGGGUGGACAAGCGGAGCGACCCCUACCACGUGUACAUUAAGAACAGGGUGUCUAUGAUCUGAGCAGGGCAGGGACACUGUUGCAAGGACAUGCACAGCUACCGGCAUCUGCCUCCUGCAGCAGGAGAAACCCUUUUCCCUGGUCCAGUCAAACUCUUCUCGGAGGGGCCGACACACGUCUUGCUACGAGACAGCCACGCGGACACAUUUAGUGCAGAGGAGCAGCAGCAGGCGUGAUCUUGCACACAGGCAGAGAGCGCCAGACCUUAGAGGCUACCGAAUAGUCAUGUGACGGCUCUGGACGCUCGCCAGCAGGCCCGUCCUGGAUCACUCUGCACCAGUUGCGAAGUUUCCGCCAACCUCCUUCUCUUCCAAAGGAGCAUCUCCAUUUACGCCAAAGGGCCCGGGGAUAGGCUGAUGGAAGGUUUUAAGUGUAUCCCAGAAUCCUUUGCUCCCAUGCAAAGGUGCAUGGGAUGCAUGUGAGUGCUGCAAGUUCUUAGUUAUUGUGAUGUUGGACGCCAUAUGAGAUCAUAGAGAAAUGGAUGCGGAGAUCCCGGUGCACGCAGCUCAACAGCGAGUGGGCUCCUGGCUCGGGCAGAGCAUGACACAGUUUGGGGACUGGGUGGGAGCACAAGGAGAGGGCCCCUCUUGUCUCCACCUAGAGUCCAGAACGUUGGUGCUGGGACCCGGCAUUGGUGUGUGCAGAUGCCUCUGUCAACAGAGCAAAGAAUGAAUGGCUGGCGGAUGAGCCAAUCGGAUGGUUUAAUUUGUCCCUCCACGUCCUGUCAGCCUCUUGCUAUGCAUGUGCGGCCUGGAGUCUGAUGGGGCUCUGAAUAGGGAGGCCUCCCAUUCUCAGGGCAGCAGCCAGAGAACAAAUCCGAGAGAAGGGAAAACGUUCUGUGGGGCUGAUCUCGAGAGGGGCUGAGCGCACGCA